AUGACGCCGAAUCUGAGCACGGCAGAAUGCAAAUCGGCUCCACUUAGCGCAACUGGACGCAAGUCGUGCUCUCAAAGAACCUACCACAGAGAUGACCUUGCCAGAAGACAGAGGCACGAACACCGGAAUGGUAAUGCGACUCCGGCCCCCCCUCUGCUCGUUCCUGUUGCCCCUACUCCUGCUCAACAGCUUGGCAUCGACUUCGAGACUCUGGAAGGGUGUUUGACGUUUGAGAACUUCAUGGCUGCCCUGGGUGGAAGCCAGCCUCUUGGGUCGAUUAUCAGCUACGCGCCAAGUUUUCAGGUAGAAAAAUCCCGUGAUGUGACACAUCGCGUUGUCUUAUCCAUGGCUUCCCGAACGUUGGAUCAACUCAGGGAAAUAUUCGGGGCAGAUGUAUCAGACGAGAAGCUCCUCAAAGAAUGCGCCAACAUCUGCGAGUCCUUCAACCUCACGCCGCGCGACUUCAGUUUUAAAGUCGAGGCAGAGUCCUUCAAGUUCUCUGCGCCGCGCGGAUCUGCGCUUCCCAGCCUCAGCUUGGACAUGUGCAACACGAUUCGACAGACGCUGCGGCGGCAGGCUGAGGUACAGGGGCUCACGAAGGUGGCACAGCGAGCUGCGAGAGGGCGAGGGGGGCUGAACAGCGCGCCGGUGAGAGGUGCGGGGCGCCAUCAUAUGCAAGCACGAGCGCGAGUCAAGGUCGAACCGGGGUCCGAGACGACGAGUCUCGCUCACGCUGGGCCCAGCAAGGUCGCAUUCCAAGGGCCUCCACGGACAGACAAACGCAGCUAUCGAUACAUGUAUGAGAAGAUAUACGAACGCAGUGAAGUCCUCGACAACCGGAUCGACGAGUUCGCGGAGCUGGUGCGGGAGCACUACCACAUCGACGAGCUCGGCGACCCGUGCACUUUUACCAAUGAGCCGAUAUACGUCGUUGGGCGCAUCGUGCCGCAGGUCGAAGGGUCGUCCGCAGACGGCAGCGGCAAGCUCGCGGACGCAUCGCUUGCGCUCGAGUCGUCGCGCAUGAUGGGGUCCGGGCAGCGCGUGCCUCUCCGCUUCGAGCCCACGGUCAAGAUGAGGGGCGGCCCCGAAGGCGUCUCGAAAUGCGGGUUCUUUCCUGGUAUGAUCGCUGCACUAAAAGGACGGAACGGCGGCGGCGGGUGGUUCGCAGUGGACGAAGCGAUAUGUCUUCCCCCGCUCAAAUCGAUGCCACCGGUGAAGAUCGAGGCGUUCUUCAUGCAGGUAGCAGCGGGGCCCUACACGCUAGACACCGAUCUCAGCUUCGGCUUCGCCAAAUCCUUCUUCAACACCCUAAAAACAGCGAAGCCAUCCGUCGUGCUCCUCGGAGAUGAUGUACAGCUUGGCCCGUUCGUAGACGCCAGCCACCAGUGCAUCCGAAAGGGCGACGUGGACAUGUCGCCGUCCGAGCUGUUCGCGCACCACUUCCUCGCCCCGCUCACGGUGUAUCUCAAUGCAGCGCCGGGGUCCACCGCCCUCAUCGUGCCGAGCGUCCGCGACAUCAACAACACCGUUGCGUCCUUCCCCCAGGCCGCCUUCGACCCGAGUCUAGUCGCAAACGACGAUCGAAUCAAGCUGCUCCCGAACCCCGCGCGAUUCAGCCUGAACGGCGUAACGUUCGGCGCGACGAGCGUCGAUGUGCUCUUUCACCUCAGGAAGGAGGAGCUGGUCAAACACGGCGAAUACGCGGAAUGGGUUCCCCCUGCUAGCGCGACAUCCACGACAACAGCGACGACGCCAGCUGCUGACGCCAGUGGGUUCAUCGACACAAUCAACCGCGACCUGCAUCCCGGCGCUGCGUUCCAAACUCCUGCUCCUGCGGGCGAGAUCCCUCAACAACAGCAACAACCACAAUAUCAGCAACGGCAGCAACAACCGGGAGGUGUGAAAAUGGAGGCAGACUCUGCCCCGCCGCCGUACGACGGCAUGUCGGGCCUCUGUCAACAUCUGCUCCGACAACGCAGCUUUUACCCCCUGUUCCCCGUGUCCGCGGACCUCGCGCACGACGUCAACCUUGACGUGUCGCGUUCCGAGCGCCUGCGGGUAGACUUGGGGGCUGACAACGGGGGGAGUGGUGUUGGUGUUGCGCCGAAUAUUCUCAUCGUGCCGAGUCGGCUGAAGCAUUUCGUGAAGCCCGUGGACCAUACUGUCGUUGUGAAUCCGUCGUUCCUGUCGAAAGGGACUUAUGCGACGAUCAGCGUGGCGGCGUGCAGCGACGGCUCGGUCCCGCUGACCGACCGUGUUGCUGUCGACUUCGGGAAGCUAGCGAGCUAA